GUACUUUAAAUGUUGAAAUUUCGAAAUUGGAAAACGCUUAUAUUUAAUUCCCUACUUACUCAUUCAGUUUUGGAAUUUUCCUUCUGAACAAGACUGGGAUAUCCAAUGUUGUUCAAUAUUUGUAUAUAAGCAUGUACCUAUAUACAUAACUGUUAUACAUGUACAUGGUAGAGGUUUGAAGACACCGAGAACAGAUUGUUUAAAGCGGCUUAUUUUCAAAAGACAUUCUAUAUAUGUCCAACAUGACAACAGUGACUAAAGGAGAUAUUAUUGAGUUAAAAGCAUUACACAACCCCCCUGCCCUUGUAAAAACCGUGUUAGAAGCCACCGUUUUACUUCUGGGAUAUACUCCUGCCGAGGCAAAAUACUGGAAAUUUGUUCGGGGACUUUUGAAUGAUCCUACCUUUUUGAAUAAGGUGAAUAAUUUACAAGCUGAAAAUUGUACCCCAGAAUCAGCCAAACUAGCCAAAGAUUUGCUACAAGAUGUAACUGAGGAAAAGGCCUGUAAAGUUAGCAUGGCAGUAUCAAAAUUAGCUACCUUGGCAAAAAAGACGGUGGAUGAUUGUGAGUCUGCAGGGAAACUUAAAGACCCGUCCUGAAAACAGAGCACCUCAUCCUUCAAUUCAUCUAGAUUCAGAAAAAAAAAAUCUACAAUCAG